GAGAGAAAGACUGCCGCGUUACUUCUUGGGUAGUACCGUCGCGACCUCGUCGUGAGCGCGACGCGCGUGUGAGGAAGACCAAAGGCCGCGCGCGGAGAUAACUUCACGCCGCUCGCACAUCAUUCGGCAGGCACGUCUCUCACGCGUCGCGAGGAGAGACUCUCCGCGUUAUCGGUAUCAGUCGCCGCCGUCAUCGUCAGUCACCAACUUCGAAACGCGUGUGCCGGUGAUCGUUCUCUCUCUCUCUUUCCUUUUGCCGCGCCAAGCGACUCGACAGGGCCGUGUACCGGGGCCCACAAAACACGUGUGCCUCUAUGUUCUACGACGUCGCGCGCGACACGACGACAUGACGACCGAGCACGAGCACAGUGACCCUCGCGUGCGAUCGCGCAGGACGAAGAGCGUGACGAGGGCGGAGGAGAUCCAGAAGGUGGAGCAGAAGGUCCGCAGGUCGCAGCCUGACAAGCCAUGUCACCGUCCAAGAGACAGCCUCUUUUCGUGGAGCUCCGGGUUCGAUAAUUUCACGGGAUUCGUCAACUGGGGCUUCUUACUGCUAGGUAUCGGUGGCGUCCGGUUACUGCUUGAAAAUUUCAUAAAAUAUGGAAUCAGAGUGGAUCCCUGGCAAUGGUUUCUCUUUCUUAGCGGCAAGGACGAUGGCGGCGAAGAAUAUCCCUCGUUGCUGCUGAUCUGCUAUGCUACCGUGCCGGUGGGCCUUUGUCUGCUGAUCGAGAAGGGAUUGUCUGUGGAUAUCAUAGCUCACGGCACGGGAAUGGUGUUCCACGUCAUAAACCUCGUUGUGAUGGUACUGAUGCCGAUGGUGGUCAUCCACGUGAAGGAUUCCGGAUUCAGCUUGGUUGGCGCGAUGUACGUGUGCAUGCUGUACGCCAUUCUCUUCCUGAAGCUGUGGUCGUACGUGCAGGUGAACAUGUGGUGCCGCCUGAGCAGCCGAAAGAAGACCACGCAGGGCAGAAUGCGGCGUCAGUUGUCCGACAAUAAUCUGCAGUCUUCCGGCAUUCAACAGAGUCCAGCUGAUGUCACCGACUUUGAGCACGAGAUGAACGACUGCGAGAACGCGUUGGUCCAAUAUCCUGACAAUCUAAACUUCGGCGAUCUUUAUUACUAUAUAUUGGCGCCUACUUUGUGCUACGAACUGAAUUUUCCCAGAACACAGCGGAUCCGAAAAAGGUUUCUUAUUAAACGGAUAGUGGAAGUCCUCGUAGGAUGUCAAGUGGUGAUGUCGCUCUUCCAACAAUGGAUGAUACCUUCCGUAAAGAAUUCAUUAAUCCCCUUUAGCAAUAUGGACGUAGCCAAGGCCUCCGAGCGUCUUCUCAAGCUGGCGAUACCAAAUCAUUUGGUAUGGCUUUGCUUCUUCUACUUGAUAUUUCACUCCUUUUUGAAUCUGCUGGGCGAGCUGCUACACUUUGCAGAUCGGAAUUUUUACUGCGACUGGUGGAACGCCAACAAUAUCGAUACGUUCUGGAGAACUUGGAACAUGCCAGUGCAUCGCUGGGCUGUGCGGCAUCUCUAUAUUCCAAUAGUGGCGAUGGGCUACGGCAAAACCACGGCGUCGGUGACUGUCUUCUUUAUUAGCGCUUUCUUCCACGAGUAUCUUGUCAGCGUACCCUUGAAGACGUUCAAGAUAUGGGCGUUUAUGGGCAUGAUGGGACAGAUACCACUGUCGGUGCUGAGCAAGAUGGCAGAGCGAUACUGCGGCGCCAGAUGGGGCAACAUCGUCGUAUGGGCGAGCCUCAUCAUCGGGCAACCACUUUGUAUAAUGAUGUAUUAUCACGAUUACGUUGUAACUCAUUUUGGCGAGACUCUGCUCGAGGACUAUUCCGUGGUGUAAGGGAGCUAAAAAGGAUGAAAAUGUAAAGAAGGGGGGGGGGGGAAAGAAACUCCCCGAAGGGAAACUCACGACAGACUCGUCGCUUUUCUGCGAAACUGUCGAUUUCAUCGAUCGCAGAUUCGUGUAGCUUCCGGCUUGUAUCUUUGACGAGAAGGAGGGGGGGGGGGAUUCUUUGAGUCAUCGUCUUGUCGUUUAAUUAUUAUUUGGUGAUUUACAUCGGUCUGAAAAUUCAAUAAUACAAAGGUGCCUUACACGUAACUUCGCGAGUAACGCGUCGCGAGUGAACGUCGAAGCGAAACCGAGAGGGUUCGCGAAUUUUUUGAAGAUAUACCAUUAUGUUUCAUAAGAGUCUUCUAGUACAUAACAUUUGAACGAGCUGUGAAUAGUUACCAGGGCAUACGUGUGUACAGCGGAGCACAAUAAUUUUUGUACAAUAAUUUCAUAGUCGCGCUUCCACGCCGGAGGAGGCGAAACUGUUGUCGAAUAAACAAGAUAUUUCGCAUUA